AUGGUGCUUUAUAUGAAAAACAAGCACACAUUCCAGCACGAUUUUGAAACCGUGACGCUUGCAUAUUUCAACAGAUACCCGAAUCCAUACUCAAAGCAUGUGAAAUCGAUCGACACUGUGGAGAAGUAUAUUGACUUAGAGGGAAAACUUCAUCAGACAAAGCUUAUCCGAAAGUGUGGGCACCUGCCUAAUUGGGUGAGGCCUUUCUUGGGCACAAUAAGCAGCAGCUGGAUUGUGGAAAAGACCGUUGUUGACCCGAUAAGCAGAACUAUGCAAACUUACAACUGCAAUCUUGAUUAUACCAAACUUCUAACUGUUGAAGAGUCCACGUUCUACAAAUACGACUUUGAGAAGGGUGUCACGCACUCUACUGCAACAGUUUCUUUUAGAAGUCGCUUCAAGAGGUUUGGUGCUCUGAAUCUUAAGGAUAAAAUAGAGGAUUGGUCAAAAACAAGGUUUACCGAGCAUUCUCAAGGUAGUAGGAUGGGUCUGAAGAUUGUGAUGGAAAGGGUUCGCCAAAAGAUGGCAGACCGGUUGAAGCAGAGCCAGGAGCAGCUCAAGCAGGUUCAGCAAGUGCGGCAGUGCAAUGCUUGA